AUGCUCCCUCGCACCCUCCCGGGCCUCCUCCCGCGCCGCCUCUUCUCCGUCUCCGCGAAAAUGGCCUCCGCAACUCCGAUGGAGGAUCUGAUGCGCGACAAAAUCGUCCACGCCUUCACCCCGUCUACCCUGAUUAUCCGCAAUGACUCCCACAAGCACGCCCACCACAAGGCGAUGGAGGGCGUUGCCUCGAAGGAGACCCAUUUCCAUGUGUCGAUAACUUCCGAUGCCUUCGAGUCGAAAAUGCAGCCUGCAAGGCACCGUAUGGUCUAUGCCUUGUUGAAGGAGGAGAUGAGUCAAGAGGGCGGAAUUCAUGCGCUGCAAUUGAAGACUAAGACGCCGGCGGAGGAGACGAGGGAGAAGGAGAGGGAGGCGCAGGCUUGA